AUGAAUUCCACUUUACACUCUGCGGACUCCAGUGUUAUCCAAACCAGUUUAUUUGGUCAUUAUAACAGGGCUGGGGAUCCAACUAGCCUAUGGUGUGAUGAAUCUUUGGAAAACCCAGACUCUAUGUUGGAUCAAUGCAAAUGCUACACAAGUACUCCAAGUUCUUUUUCUACUACUUCAGAGAGCACAUCUUAUUCGCGUGAUCUUUAUGUUACAUCUAGACUACGAAGUCGGUCUGAAGAGAAAAACUGUAAAUCGGAGCAACCCUUUUAUCUAUCUCAUUCCGUAAUCAAUUAUUUAAAAUUGGACAAAUUAUCUAACAAAAUGUGUCCUGGUUGUGUUCCUUGUUCUUCUUCUGAUGAUAAACUACGAUCAAGUAUGUACUCCGAAGAAAAAGACGAUUUGAAUGUCACCCAAAAGGACUUCCAACAGGGUGACAAAUUCAAGCGCAAAGGAAACCAGUCGUUUAAAUCAAAUUCGUCAGUCUGGUAUAGCGAUGAUUCCGAUUCAGUCCCUCCAGCGAUGGCUCUCAUAAAUGUAAAUCGACUUCAUGCCCAAACCUUGCAUCCAGCUACAUUAAAUGAGAACAGAGUAAUUGCAACAAAUAACAUUUUAUAUGAUUUCAACACUGAGUUUGAUGUCUCUGGAUCAAAAAUAUCAAAAACAUUUUUGAACGCUUCAAGAAAAUCUCUUCCAGCAAUCCAUCUUGAUCGUGAUUUAGAAGUAAGCGGCAGUAGCGGUACUAGUAGUCUUUCUUAUACGGCUGUGAUUGGUAACGAGGCGGAAUAUAUUCAGCCGGAUAAACGCUUAGAGCCAUUCUCUGAUGAAUCUAACAAGCACCACUUGAAUUCUCUGCGUUUCGGGGAAACCGGUGCAUCCGCGAGAGAUUCUGGCUUAAGCUCACAUUCAAGCAAUUCUGUAAAUUAUUCCCCUAACUAUCUUCUGCUCCCUCAUAAAGGAUUGGUUCCUGAGUGUAAAACUAGUCUCUCUUCGACACCUCCACCAGUUCCAUGUCACGCCCCUCAAUCACAAACUAUGGUUGCACUUACACAAAGGAACGGAAAUAAUAUUUUAAAUACAGCCAAUUUAGUACGUUGUAAAACUGACCUUACAAAGUGUACAUGCUCCAAAAGUUCAAGCAGUAAAAUGGUAGAAGGAAGAAUUCGUGGAACAACUAUCCGAUUGCAUUCAUAUACGGGAGAAUCUAAAACUCUCUUAAAGUCAUAUUUCCCAAGUGAAAACAAACAGAUUAAACAAAAUCCUAAUUCAUCUUUAUCACCUAUAUGGAAACGUAAAUCAAAUACAUUACAAUCAAUGAUUAAGGAUAAAAUUCACCUCGUUGAAGAACAAAACUAUUCAAAAUCAAUCCAAAAACUAAAUCCAAAGAAGGUGGUUGUAGCAAAAAAGAAGAUAAAGAUGAUGAUGAAAGUACAUAAUUCCUGUCUACUUUUAAAUGAUUCAAUUAAACAACAAAAUAUUUGUACGGCCUGUACACUAAAUUGGCAAUUUUAUUUAUCCCAACCUUGUUGUUAUACAUUUAUAGAUGAUAUGGUUAAAUUUUAUCAUGAUGUGAAUAAUUCUUGGUAUUUUGUGAAACAUGAUUGUUUUCUAAAUUCAAUUAUUCAAUUGUUUAAACCUGAUAGUUGUUUCAAUUGUCGUAAACAUAUUUAUGCUGUAGGCGUAAAUUUAUUUAAUAGAAAUCCAUUGAGAGGUCUAAAAUAUUUGGCAAGACAUAAUUUCUUAAACUUGUCUUCUAGUAAACAAAUUUCCAAAUUUAUUCAAAAUAAUGCUGAUUUAUGUCAUUCGAAAAUUGGAGCAUUUCUUGGUCUACCUCCUACAGAUGAGAUCAACCCGACGGAAGUUACAAUGAUUCUUCUGAAAUCUUUAAACAUUUCUGGUUUGGAAGUAGAUGAAGCUUUGCGAUUGGUUGUUCAUCGAUAUGGGAUGCCUGUGGAAUCUCAAGAAAUCGACAGAUUAUUGCAAUGUAUCUCUGAAUAUUAUCAUACAGUUCGAUGGUGUUCAACAUCUGUUAAUUCAUCAGAUAUUUUUUCCAAUGCUAAUGACCAUCAAUUGAAGUCUUUACCAGCUCCUCCUAUUACUCUGGAUCAGUUAUCAUUAAUAUUUUAUGCUAUUCUCUUACUACAAACCAGCCUUCAUAAUGUAAAUGCAGCAAAAUCAAGUUUAGGCAAACAGACUGUCAGUCAAUUUAUAAAAAAUGUAUAUGAUCUUUUAUUAAAUCAACCAUCUCCAUCAUCAUCUUCACUAUCUUCUUUCACGGCUAAAUCAAAGCCAAAGAUUUCAAAUGUUAAUCAAAAUGAUAUGGUUGAUGAAAGUGGUAAUACUAAUACUGAAUCCAUUCUGGACAAUGAAAAUAAUAUUAAUAAUAACAAAUCUCUUGAUAUAAAACAAGUAUUCUCAAAUCGUACAUUAACUGAAAUAUUUCAUCGUAUUAAAGUUAAACCAUUGGAACCAGGUUCAGAUCAAACAACAAUCGUUCGACAUAUAUCUAAAGCAAUAAGAAAUUUGCAAGAAGUUAAAAUUUUAAACACUGAUGACAUUGAUAAUGAAUUCUUAUUCACGAAUAAUCCAUUUGAAUUAGUGGAACCACAUCGUCGAUUGGUUUGUUAUUGUACGGUGAUUCAUAUUAAUCAAAUCAACCUCCUCAUAAAGAAACCAGUAUUCUACGACAUUUGUUUGUUUUUAAUGACCUAA